AUGGUGGUCCUCAGCCCACAUCUCUGGGGACCUUACCUGCAGCUUUUCUUCUGCUUUGCUUUCUCUCAGACUGCUCACGUUGACAAUGUCUUCUCACUUUCAGCAGAUCUCCCUUGUUUGGAACAGAAGAAACAGCUCAACCGCAGAGCAUGCUGCCUCCUUGGCCCUCCUCCACCACCCUUGUUUCCACCACCGUACUUCAGGCACGGCUGGAGCACUCUGCUUGCCCUGGAUAUGAAAGAGUUGUGUUUGGAGCUCCAGAUAAUACAAGCUUCCUCUCUGCCCAAAUCGUAUUGCCCUGCAGGGCCUCCUGGCCCCCAGGGUCCACAAGGAAUUCCUGGUAUAAUGGGACCAAAGGGGGAGAAAGGGGAGAUUGGCAGGCCAGGAAGAAAGGGUAGACCAGGUCCCCCAGGCGUCCCUGGGAUGCCAGGACCAAUAGGAUGGCCUGGACCCGUGGGACCGAAGGGUGAAAAGGGAGAGUUGGGUGUGAUGGGAUUGCCAGGUACAAGAGGACCAAUGGGCUCCAAGGGUUUUCCUGGAACUAGAGGAGAAAAGGGAUCCAGAGGUGACAGAGGUGACAAGGGAGUCAAAGGAGACCAGGGAGAAAUAGGCUUCCCUGGAAUGCUGGGACAAAAAGGAGAGAUGGGCCCGAAGGGACAAUCUGGAGUACCAGGACACAGAGGACCUAUAGGAAGACCUGGAAAACGAGGCAAACAAGGGCUAAAGGGAGACAUUGGACCUGCGGGUGUCAUGGGUCCACCUGGAAGGCCUGGUCCUUCUGGCCAGCCAGGCCCUCCUGGACCUUCAGGAUUGGGGCAAUUCGCAACAGGACCAAAAGGGGAAAGAGGACUUCCAGGGCCUCCAGGGAGAUGUCUCUGCAGAUACCCACAACAUGUGAAUAACCCACCCUAUGAGGAACCUGCGUUUGGACACAGUUAUCCGAAAGUCCCCGCGAUUUUUGUAGUGAAUAAUCAAGAAGAAUUGGACCGGUUAAACACUGAAAAUGCCUUAGCUUUUAGAAGAGAUCAGAGAUCUUUGUAUUUCAAGGAUACCUUUGGAUGGCUCCCAAUCCAGCUCACCCCCUUCUAUCCCGUGGAUUACCGUUUUGAGGCUGGUGGUACCUGUGGAGAUGGGAUCGUACAGGACGGGGAAGAGUGCGACGAUGGCAACGCGGUUGUGACUGAUGACUGUAUAAGAUGCCGACGUGCUUACUGCGGAGAUGGCUACAGACAUGAGGGGGUUGAAGACUGCGAUGGGAAGGAUUUUGGAUAUUUGACAUGUAAAACAUAUCUCCCUGGGUCUUACGGAAAAUUGCGGUGCACUUCUUACUGCUACAUUGACUCUACACAGUGUCGGUACUUCACAUGA